AUGCGUAGUUCAAUUCCUGCAUUCACUAGCGCAGGUGGACCCGAGGAAGCUGAGUAUUGGUUCGAAUCGGUGUCUAAGCAUCUAAGUACCAUGGGAGUACCGGAUGAGUAUUGGGUGGAGUUCGCAGCUUUUAAGUUUGAAGGUCCUACAGGUGCAUGGUGGAAGCAUAUCCGGCGAAUGCAAGAUGUAGAGGGGAUGACUUGGGAACAAUUCGAAGCACUCUUUAAUGAGCAAUUCUUUUCCCAAAGUUAUAGAGAUGAAAAGGCCAUGGAAUUCAUGGGCCUACAGCAAGGGGAAAUGACAGUGAGGGAAUACGAAGCUAGUUUCAAUGAACUGUCCCGUUUUGCUCCCUCCUUGAUUGAAUCGGAGCGCAUGAAAUGCCUAAAGAAUAACAGAAAAAGCCGUGAUCAAGGGCAAGGUAGUGGGGGAGUGCCUAGUGGUAGCAGUGGCUCUUCGGGAAGUGGGAAGAGUGGACCCUAUAGCUUCAAGUGCCACCAUUGUGGGGAGCUAGGGCAUAUCAAGAGGAACUGUCCUAUCAGGGGUCAACUGGUGAACCAACAGACCCAGCAAUUACCGCAGAGUCAAAGGGGUAUUGCUCCUAGUCAAGACAGACUUCCACAGUUCACGCCUUUCUAUCAGCCCCAGUUGCCUGUCCAGAUGCCAAUUCCUCCUGCACCGAUCUUCCGUCCGCCGAACUACUCUUAUUUCCAGCCACAGGCUUCCGUAUCGGUACAGUCUACCCCGCCGCAACAACAGUACAGACCUGUAAACCAGAGACCUAACAACAAUGAGAGAGAAAAAGGGAAAGCACUGGGGCAGAUGCAUACCAUGGCCGGGGGAAGUUCUGGAGCUCAUACCGGAAGCCCAGUCGUCAAGGGUAUGGUAUCUAUCUCACAUUCUUUUGCACGAGUUUUGUUCGACACUGGUUCUACGCACUCUUUUGUUUCCACUUCUUUUGUGAAAAUUUUGGGUUUGAAACCCGAUGACUUAGAGACUUCAAUGUUUAUAAGUUCUCCAUUGGGCUGUAUGGAGGUGACUAGUGUAUGUAGGUCGUGUGUGAUCACGAUUGGAAGUGAGAAAUUAAAGGCAGAUUUGAUAAUCCUUCCUAUGAAUCAGUUUGAUGUGGUGCUUGGAAUGGAUUGGUUGUCAAGAUAUGGGGCGAUUGUUGAUUGCCACCGUAUGAGAGUCACCUUGACUAUCGGUUCUGGCACGACAGUAACGUAUCAGGGAGGUGUUAACCCAGUUAUAGAAGAACGACUACUGAGGCAUAGUGUCGGAGGACGACAGAAUUUAGCUUGUUUUUCAUUCCUUUCGGCAUUAGAGGGUGAAUCCAGUAUCGCCGGGGAGAAUAUUGAGGUCCCCGUGGUCGAUAAAUAUGCGGAUGUAUUCCCUGAUGAGUUGCUUGGUUUACUGCCUGAUCGGGAGAUCGAGUUUUGCAUCGACUUACUUCCGGAAACGGCUCCGAUUUCUAUUGCUCCGUAUCGAAUGGCGCCUGUGGAGAUGAAAGAGCUAAGAAAACAGCUCGGAGAGUUAGCAGAAAAGGGAUUCAUUAGAAACAGCACUUCCCCGUGGGGUGCACCUAUCUUGUUUGCGAAAAAGCACGAUGGAUCCCUUCGGUUGUGCAUAGACUACCGACAAUUGAAUAGGGUUACCGUGAAGAACAAGUACCCAUUGCCGAGGAUCGAUGAGUUGUUCGAUCAACUAGGAGGAUCACGGUAUUACUCAAAAAUUGACUUGAGAUCCGGGUAUCAUCAGUUGAAGAUUAGGAAAGAUGAUAUUCCAAAAACAGCUUUCAAGACUCGCUAUGGGCAUUAUGAGUUCUUAGUAAUGCCUUUUGGAUGGACGAAGGCUCCCGCCGCUUUUAUGGAUUUGAUGAAUCGAGUCUUCCGCCCAUAUUUAGACCAGUUUGUGAUAGUCUUCAUUGACGACAUCUUGGUUUAUUCAAAGACUUGGGAAGAGCAUGAGCAACAUUUGAGGAUUGUUCUCCAGACUCUUCGAGAACACCAGCUUUAUGCAAAUAAGGAGAAAUUGGAUCCCUCAAAGAUUGAAACGGUGCUACAAUGGGAACGACCGAAGAACGUUGCCAAAAUUCGAAGCUUCCUAGGACUUGCAGGGUAUUAUCGACGAUUUGUAAAGGAUUUUUCGAGUAUUGCUGCUCCAAUGACGCGGUUGACUAAAACGGAAGUCAGGUUUGAAUGGGAUGCCGAUUAUGAACAUGCAUUCCAAGAACUGAGGACUAGGCUAACCAGUGCGCCGAUUCUGACGAUUCCUAAUAACGAUGAGCCGUACGAGGUGUAUUCCGAUGCAUCAAGAUGA